ACACACACACACAUGCACACACACACACACACACACCAGCGGAAAAAGUCGGGACUGGGUGACGUCAGAGAGACGCGCCUUAAAACCAAAGAGCGCAUCAGAGGGAGAUGCCCGGUUUGAUCACACGCAACACGCACUCGCUCUUUGGAUCGUAAGAUAGCGGCGGUGGCGCAGCAGCUCGGCGGACGAGGCGCAGCGCGAGGAGCAGCCAGAGAAGUUACUUUCAGAGACCUUUAGUGCGUAAAAUGAGACCGGUGCGCAACAGUCUUCGCGGUAGAUGAUGUGCACAUUUUGAACCCUGAAAAGUUGAAUGGAAAAACCGGCCGUGAAGUAGCAAGAGUGGGAAAAAAGUCUACCGUUGCCCCGGAUGCUGUUGGAUGUGUCCAGGUUUUUGUCUCUUUGAUCUCAUCUAAGCGAUGGCUUACUCUCAGCUGGGAUACCCCUACGCCACCACACCGCAGUUCCUGAUGACGCCCAGCUCUCUUGCCGGUUGUCUGGAGCCGGCGACGCCUCCGUCACACCCGGUGCUGCGCUCCCCGGGCCACCAGCUCGCCUCCACCACCGGCAUCGGAGUCUACAGCGGAACUUAUCCGAAGAGCCAAGGUUACUACAACACCUGCGGCAGCGACGCCGCCGCGCUGUACCCCAGAGGGCCACUAGAUCCCAAAGACGGAGCUGCAUCUGUGGGGACAUCUCAGACCCCUGCCUACUAUCCCUAUGACUAUACAUUUGGACAAUAUCCAUAUGACAGAUACGGGUACUCCUGCUCUGAUAGCGCUUCCCGUCGCAAAAACGCCACCCGGGAGACCACCAGCACCCUGAAGGCCUGGCUGCAGGAGCACCAGAAGAACCCUUACCCCACAAAGGGAGAGAAGAUCAUGCUGGCCAUCAUCACCAGGAUGACCCUCACACAGGUGUCCACAUGGUUUGCCAAUGCACGCCGGAGGCUAACUAAGGAAAACAAGGUGACGUGUUCACCGCGGGCUUGGAAAAGCUCUGACCACCGGGGCUGUUAUGAUGAUAGUGACGAAGCGGAGAAGCCCUAUAAAAAUGCCAAAGACCUCCCGGAUCCACAGUGUGCAGACCUGCAGAGUGACCUCGAGGACUUUGACCUGCUGGAUUCGGACGGUUCCGACUGUGAACCGAAGCAACGGUUUCUACCCGCGGACAGCGACCCGAACACAGACCUCCCGCGCGGGCAUCUCGCACUCAACCCGGACCCGCUGCUCCGAAACGAGAGGCUGUCCCCGGACUGCCCCAAACUCACACCCGUCAAACAGCAAAACCACAGCUUCUAUCCCAACCCGGACCCUCGAAGUACAGACGCCAAGCCCAAGAUCUGGUCCAUCGCUCACACCGCCGCGUCCUUGGACGGCAGCUUGCAGCCAGAAUACCCCCCCUGUAUGCUGUCGUCGUCGGGCUCCCCCUCCCACGGGUAUCCAUCAAAUAUGGCGCUGACCAAGGCAGACCGGGAACAGGAGUCACCGGUCGCCACGCUCCGGGAAUGGGUGGACGGAGUUUUCCACGGCCCUCCUUUCCAACAGCUCAAGCCAGUUGAGGCGUGGAAAGGCUUGACUGAUGACAGCAGGACACCCGGACAGUCUUAUGAACUUGUGAGGCCCGCGUCCUCGUUGUAGGCCAGCGGACACAUCGUCAGCGGAAUAUAAAAAAAGACUGCUGGACUUGAAACUGAGAGUCUACGUUUUGUUGUUGUGACUUGACUAAUUGGCUGUUUGGCUAAGCGCCACCCCGCGUGGUCACUGUGGCUACGUCCGUCAAGCUUUCCAAUACCCGCACGCGGCACGUACGCAGUCUACACUGAUCACAGUGGCACUGUCAAAUGUUUGUACUUGUUUUUGUUUUUUUGUAAUUGUUAAAGAUUAAGUAAACUAUGGAUUGACAGUAGUAGAUAAAAGCAGGAUUCUCGAUUUGAGCCAACAACCAUCGACGGAAUCGACAACUGUUGGCGGCAGAUUUCGCUCCAUUUAGCUCCCAAACGUUGCCUCCGUUAUCGUGUAAGGAAAUCUGACUCCAGUUGACGUUCUCAUGUGUCCUGUUGUAUCUUAAAUUCAAAUUUGUAUGUGUGGUUGCUCGAGUAUAUACGUGAUGAAUGACAUUUUGAUUAUUUGAUUUUACUCAGAAAAACAUUGUUUUAAUCUAAAGGCAGAUUAUCCUUCCACUACGGCCCAAAGCGUAUGUGGAGGAACCCAAAGUUCGAUGGACCCGUAUUGGACGAUUGUCGUCCGGAGGCGUUUCGUGAACCCGUCAAUUAACAGUGUGAAGGUAUUUUUCAAUUGGGCCCCAAUCAAACAACGUCAAACAAGUGACCCCACACACGCUCCUGCAGCAAGGUUGCCCGGUUCACCCGUGAAAAGAUACACAAUAUUGUACACUUGCACUAUAGCCUGCACAUGCACUGAGUCACAAAAAUAAAAGGUGUAUUCUGUAGAAUGGCAAAGUUCUCUUGAGUGUGC